AUGUUUCCUAACAAUGGCUUUAAUGGAGGAGUAAAUCAGAUGAAUGCUUAUCAAAAUAAUAAUAACAUCCCUUAUCAGAAUAAUAAUGAAAAUUUCUAUCAAAAUAAUGGGAAUAUUAUGCAAGGGGGAUAUAAUAAUGGGGUUGUUAAUAAUAUGUAUGGGAAUGAUUAUAUGAAUAAAAAUCUGAACAACUAUAAUAAUGAUAUUUUUGGUAAUAGCAUGAAUAAUAAUAUGCCAAAUGUGAAUAAUAUGCAAAACCCAAAUAAUUUUUAUUUUUCAAACAAAAAUGAUAAUAUAAAUAUUCCAAAUCAAAAACCAAUAUUUACACAAACUAAACAAAAUGUUUCUAUUUUUGGAAAUAAACCAAAAAAUACACCCCUUUUUGCAAAUAAUAAUAUUAAUAAUACUAGAAAUGAACCUAAAUUUGAUAGACCCAAUCAAACAUCCAAUUUCAGAUUUAAUGAUUAUGUAGGUAAAGACAAAUCAAUAUUUGGAAAUCGAAUAAAAGAGGGAAAAUCACUUUUUGCAAAUUCAAAUAAUAUGAACCAAUUUCCAAACUCUGUUAAUAAUAAUAUGAAUUAUGGAAAUAAUAUCAAUUAUGGAGGUAUAGAUAAUUCAAUCCCUAAUAAUAAUUAUGUAAAUUACAAUUGUGAUUCUAGAGGAAUUCCUCAAAAUAUGAUGAAUCCAUGUAACUUCAAUGAUCCUAUGACAAAAAAUAUGAAUUUUAUGAUGAAUCCCCAAAAUAAUAAAAUUAAUAAUAAUCCAUAUAUGAAUUAUAAUAUUAAUGGUAAUAAUCCUGUUGUAGAAAAUUUUAAUAUUGGGGGAAAUAAUUCUGCUAUUCCCGGUGUAAAUAAUUUGCCUUACAGCAUGCAAACAAAUUUAGCUAGUGGGGCUAAUACUAUAAACAUGGGAAAUUUUAAUAAUAUGAAUAAUCCCUAUAAUACAUAUGAAAUGGAUGGAAGAAAUCAAAAUAUAAUUAAUUAUCCCCAAUUUAAUACUCAAUCGGGUCUAAACAUGGAUAAUAAAUUUAUAAAUAAUAACGUAGGAAAUAUGCAAAAUUAUCAAAAUAUGUUACAAAAUAAUAAUAUGAACAAUGCAGGUAAUUUUGGUUUAAAUAAUCCUCUCAAUAGUGGUUUAAUGCAAGAUAAUAAUAAAAAUAUAAUGGGACAAAAUUAUAAUUUUAAUAAUCCCGAUUUUAGAAAUCAAAUAAUUCAACCAAACAGUACUGACACUAAUCCGAACUAUAACAAUAACACAACUAAUUUGGGAAUACAAGAAAUUAAAAAUGAUACAAAAGAUAUUGAAAAUAAAAAUAAUCAAGAUAACGGAAUUUUAUUUACUAAUGAAAAUGAAAUUAUGUUUGAAAAAAAUUAUGUUCAAAUUGACAAGACAAAAAAAAUAAAAUUUUUUAAUGAAAACUUUAUUAAAUCUUUAGAACUAAUAAAUAAUCAUAAUUUAAAUAGUUACAAUGAAAAUAGAUCAACUAUAUAUACAUUCCCAAUCUCUCAAUUAUUUAAUAAUGCAUCAUUUUAUUUGAAAGCAAUUGAAGAGUGUAAAAAGGGAGAAAGAUUUGAUGUUGAUAGUCAGCUAUUUGAUAAAAUAUUUUCAAAAAAUAUUUCGAAAAAUUUUACAGUUUUAAAAAAUAUUGAUGCUACCAAAAUAAAUGAAAAAGAUUUCGAUCUAAGUAUAUAUUAUCCCUUAUUACAUGUUGAAAAAAUUAAAUUUAGAAAACCCUCUGAAGUUCCUCAAAAUAUAAAUCAAUUGCUAGCAUCUCCAUUUGAAUUGGGGAAAAUACCUACAGUUAUUUAA